AUGUUCCAGUCCCUGGGUAGAUCAGUUUCAACAUCGCUGGCGAGAUCAGGUAUGUCUAGUGGUGCUAAGAAGCAAGUUACUUUGGCAAGGUUUUUCAGUCAGGUAAAGCAAGAUGAUACGAAGAAUGCAGCUGUUGAUGACGAGAAAGCUGAAGUGCAGCCGCAGCCCGCGGAUAUUGAUAGUGAGGAACAGCCCGCUAAGCGAUUGAAGCCGUCUUGGCCUGUCAAAAGUGCACCAGUGAAGGCAGAAAGAACGGUCUCUAAAGCUGCGUAUUAUUCUAAGGUGCCCUAUUCUGAAGUUUGCAAUGUGUUCCAGGAGAUUGAAGGCACCUCUUCACGUCUGGCUAUCAUCAGGAUAUGUUCCGAGUUCUUCAGCCGGAUUAUGAGGGACAACGCUCAGAAUUUGGUCCCUGCUACGUAUCUGUUCAUCAAUAAGCUGGGUCCCGAUUACGAACCGGGGCUGGAAUUGGGACUUGGGGAAGGGCUGCUGAUGAAGACAAUCAGUGAGGCUUGCGGGAAAUCCUUGGCGCAGAUAAAGAGUAGAUAUCGGGAGAUAGGUGAUCUGGGACGAAUUGCGCUGGAAGCGAGAAAUGUUCAGCCUACGAUGUUCAAACCGAGCCCGUUGACGGUGGGUGAAGUGUUUGAGAACUUGCGGGCCAUCGCUCACUCACAGGGAAAGGACUCGCAAACCAGGAAGGUGAAGUUAAUCAAGAGGAUGCUUACUGCAUGCGAGGGUUUAGAGGCAAAAUUCCUGAUCAGAUCUCUGGAAUCCAAAUUGAGGAUUGGGCUGGCAGAGAAAACGGUACUCAUCUCACUGUCGAAGGCUAUUCUUACCAAUGAGAGUGCGGCAGGGAAGGAACCUCCGAUGGACCUCGUCGAAUCCGCAGAAGCCAAGAUCAGAGAGGCGUUCUGCCAGGUUCCUAACUAUGAGAUUGUCAUCAACGCUUGCUUGGAGCAUGGGAUCAUGGAACUUGAUAAGCACUGUCAACUAAGGCCAGGUAUUCCGCUCAAGCCGAUGCUUGCAAAACCGAGCAAAUCGAUCACGGAGGUAUUGGACAGGUUCCAAGGACAAACAUUCACCUCGGAAUACAAGUACGAUGGAGAGAGGGCCCAGGUACAUCUCCUUGAAGAUGGAACCAUGAGGAUAUACUCCCGUAACGGCGAGAAUAUGACCGAGCGGUAUCCCGAGAUCCAUAUCAGGGAUUUUGUGGCAGACCUUUCGACGACCAAGUCGUUGAUUCUGGAUUGCGAGGCAGUCGCCUGGGACAAGGAACAGCAGCGUAUCCUGCCAUUCCAAGUUCUGAGCACCAGGAAAAGGAAGGACGUGGAAGCCAAAGACGUGAAAGUCAAAGUGUGUCUGUUCGCAUUCGACAUCCUCUGUCACAACGGAGAACGACAGAUCAACAAGUCGCUCAGGGAAAGACGUGCACUACUGCGCGCCGUCACGAAGCCUGUCACGGGAGAGUUCGAAUACGCUGUAGAAUUGACCACUUCCACUGUUGAGGAGCUGCAAAGGUUCCUCGACCAGUCCGUCAAGGAAUUUUGCGAAGGCCUCAUGGUAAAGGUUCUCGACGGCGAAGAAUCCCACUACGAGCCCAGCAAACGGUCUCGUAACUGGCUAAAGCUCAAGAAAGAUUACCUCGAUGGUAUCGGCGACUCUGUAGAUCUCUGCGUGCUCGGCGCAUACUACGGCCGCGGUAAGCGUACUGGCACCUACGGUGGUUUCCUUCUCGGCUGCUACAACGAGGACACGGGAGAGUUCGAGACCUGCUGCAAGAUCGGAACAGGCUUCUCCGACGAAAUGCUCCAGCAGCUCUACGACAGACUCAAGACCACCGCCAUUGACGGUCCACAUGCCACCUACGUGUUCGAACCCAGCGCAGAGCCAGACGUAUGGUUCGAUCCAACAACGAUAUUCGAGGUCCUCACGGCAGACCUGUCGCUGUCCCCCAUCUACAAGGCAGGCGCCUCCUACUACGACAAAGGAAUCUCCCUCAGAUUCCCCCGUUUCGUACGUACAAGAGAUGACAAAUCGGUCGAAGAAGCUACCUCCUCAACACAGAUCAUUGAGCUCUACCAGAACCAGUCGCACGUCGGAUCAUGA